UUGAGGAACGUAUCGCAAAGGCUAGAAAGUCUCAUCGGCAGACUGAUAUGCUUCAGAUCAGGCAACAACAGGCCAAGAAUUGUGCGCACCGUCAGGAUGGCGUUUGCUGGGACAAAUGUCAGUUUGUCCCAGCCGGAUAUAACGCAAAAACUGACGGAGCGCAUAGAUGAUCUGAAGCAGAGAAUCGCUGCUUGGGGAAAGCGGAUUCGGCGAUAUACCGAGAGGUCGACACGGUUCAACCAGAAUCGUCUCUUCCAGAGUGAUCAGAAGAGGCUCUAUGAAUCAUUGGAGCGACCAAUGGUAAGUGGAACGGGUCCAGCACCGAAUCAGGCCGACACUGUAGCAUUCUGGCGCGGCCUGUGGUCAGAGCCCGUAAACCACAGCGAGGGCCCUUGGACGGAAGUUGUGGCGAGUCAGUGUGCGGGUAUUACGCCCAUGGACCCCGUCAUCAUAACGCCGGAUGACGUAGCUGAGGCGGUUCGUAGGGCCCCGAACUGGAAAAGUCCGGGGCUUGACGGGCUGCAUCACUACUGGCUGAAGGGGUUCAUGGGAAAUUUUACUGUUAUGGCAGCACUGUACUUUAGUUGGCAGCCCUAA